CCAGCUCCCGCUGCCCGACGCGCGCCAUGAGCACCUCGUACAACCUAACCUCGUACCUGGUGACGCCGGAGCAGCUGAACGACGCGCUGCAGAAGAACGUGAACAGCAAGCUGUCGACGGCGCCGCGCGUGAUCCCGCUGUGCGGGACGUGGUUCCUGCCCAACGACGCGCGCAAGCGCACCGGCGCCGACGUCUUCCACAAAUGCCGCAUCCCGUCGGCGCGCUUCUUCGACCUGGACAAGGUCAAGGACGCCCAGAGCCCGUACCCGCACAUGCUGCCCUCGGCGCCGGACUUUGCCGCCGCCAUGGGCAAGCUGGGCAUCCGUCGCGACGACAGCGUCGUCGUGUACGACAGCGAGGAGGAGGGCGUCUUCAGCGCCCCCAGGGUCGCGUGGACCCUGCGUGCUUUCGGCCAUCAGAGCGUCCACGUCCUCAAUAACUUCAAGCUGUGGUGCGAGCUUGGGCUGCCGACGGCGUGGGGCGACCCCAUUGAACACCCCGAGGAAGUCGAGUACCCGGUCCCGGAGCUGGACCGGGCCCGCGUGGCCAGCUUCGAGCAGGUCAGAGACAUUGCGCGCAAGCAGGCGAAGGAGGGCUCGCGCGACGUGCAGAUUCUGGACGCGCGCAGCAAGGGCCGCUGGGAGGGAACGCAGCCCGAGCCUCGUCCCGGCCUCUCCUCCGGCCACAUUCCCUCGUCGCUCUCGCUUCCCCUCCCCACCCUCCUCGACCCAGAACACAAAACGCUCCGCCCGGCCGCCGAGCUCAAAACCAUCUUCGCCGACCACGGCGUCAGCCCGGACAAGCAGGUCAUCAGCAGCUGCGGGACGGGCGUCAUGGCCGCCGUGCUGGACGCCGCGCUCGCGGAGGCGGGGUUCCCGGAGGAGGGCCGCCGCGUCUACGAUGGUAGCUGGACGGAGUGGGCGAUGCGCGCGGGGGACGAGGAGGGCCUUGUUGUUAAGGGGAGAGAAUGAGGCGGUGGUAUGCGUGGUUGGGUGUUGAGGGAGAAUGUGUGUGUAGGGCUGGUGCAGAGGAGAAAAAGUAACGGCGGGGGCGUUUUGGUGCGCUGGCUGGCUGGCUACACGCGCAGGCGCUGAUGCAGGUGUAGGCGUGCUCGGGCUGUACGUGUGAUGAAACUGUACGAUGAUGAUUUGCGUGUAUGAUACCCUUCGCUUAACGGAGAAGAAGAAGCAGCAAAAGCAGAGGCAGAAGCGGGAGUAACAGCAAAAACAGAAAAAAAGCAACGAAAACAGGCAGCUAAAAGGGAAACCAAGGUAUGACGAUACUAAAAGU